UUGUAUUAAUAACAAUGCCAGGACAACAUAAACGUUCGAAAUCAGCGUCAACCACGUCAAGAACAUUAUAUUUCGAUAAAAACGAUGCAAAAAGUUUGAUCGAGAAAAAAUACGGUAUGUGUCGUUCGUUCGAUGAUUUGUAUAAUGAAGAAUACAUCGAAUCAGGUCCAUUGGCUAAAUCGAAUAAAUCCAAAAAUUUCUUAUUGAAAUUAAUUUCUCACUUUGAUAAGAAAAAUAAAUAUAAAUUAUCCGGGGAAAAGGAUGCUAAUAACGAAUUUUUAAAACAAUCAUUCAUGAAAACUUCCAUACCGAGAAUAAUGUCCUAUUAUAAUGAUUCAUCCAAUAAACUUAUUCAACCUAGGGUAUUGACUUAUGAUAAAAUAGAUAAAAUAUUGUCGAACAAGAAACCGUUUUUAUCCAAAAGAUAUACAGAAAUUUUUGAAAGAAAAAUUGAAUUCGAUGAUUCUUUUUCAAUCGAAGAAUCGAUUUCACCUAUCGUUAAUAAAAUCAACGAGAACAAGAAAGAAAAUUGGAAGAAUACGAAUGAACAAUGGGGUGAAACUGUAGUUAACAAAAAAUCCAAUCACAAGAAAACCCUCAAAGAAAUGUUAAGCAAUUUGAUGAGAAUUAAUAAAAAUGUAAAUAAACAUAAAUACGAGAAUACUCAAGUUUAUAAUAAAUAUGAAAUGGAUUAUCAGAUAUACAAUUUGCCAGUUAUACCAAGAGUAGUACAAAUGAUCUCCAAUGAUGAUAACAAUAAGGAUAAAGAUAAUAUUGAUAUGAAUCGGAGUGCAACGAUUCGGCCGAUUUACGGUAUCAAAAGGAAUCAAACGACACCAGUGAAAUCACCUAAAACUAUUUUACCGAAAGAUAUAACUGUAGAUAAGAAAAUUCCCAAUUAUAAUAAUGAAAUGUUAUCGAACGAAGAAUAUGGCGAAAAUCUGAUCAAACCGUCAGCAAUCAAAAAAUUGGCCAAACAAUUUACAUUAAAUUCUCCACGACUCUAUUACCGACAAUUCCCACCCCUACCCCCAGAUCAAAAUGAAUUCGAAUAUCCAGAUGAAGAUGAAUUCGAAUAUCCAAAUCAAGAUGAAUAUAAACCCCGUAAUCAAAACAAGCACCAAACCGGAAACCCAGACCUGAACCAACCGGAACAUUCAAUCCAGUACGACAUUCAAAAAAAUCAUGUAGAUCUUUGUAAAUUAGUUUUAAAUCAAUGCAGAAAAGAGAACAAUUCUAGUCAUAUCAGACCCUACUUCAACGAAUUUAAUGAAGUUCAAACGACAAAAUCUGAUGGCAAAAAUAUUGUGGAACGGAAAACUCAUCAAAUGACUUGUGAGUGCAACUCGAUACCCUCUAAAGGAUUCCAUAUAGAAAAUGUUUAGAAUAAUAUUUAAUCUUCUCAAAAGGAAUAAGCGUAGACUAAAUAUUUUAUUCACAAAAACAAACAACAAGAAUAACAAAAAAAAAAGACAAUGUAUAUAUCUCAAUUUAAUUUAUUAUAAUAUAUUUGUUGUUCGCAUGGGUUCAAAUAUUAUCACUAAAAAAAAAAUGGUGGGAAAAUUCAAAUUUCGUUUCUUCGGAAUUUUAAAAUAGUUUGACAAAAUUAUUCUAUUUAUACAAAUAACACAUAUUGUACAUAUUUCGACGACUUUAAUA